AGUAAGAUAAGAUUUGAGUCAUUAACUCUUUAAUCACUCCGUAUUUUUUCUGAAAUUUUGUCCGUCAAAGCGUCAACUUCACCCCAACCUCUUCCAAUUCCAUCGCCGGCUCACCGCCCACCGCUAACUUCGUCGCCGCCAAACCACGCCGCCGCCGCCGCGGACUUCGUGCAGCUACCAAGCCACCCAGCAAUUGGGUUUAGCACUUUCAAAGCUUGCUGCUGGAAAAGGAUCAUAUUGGGCUAUUGGCAAGUGGUUUCUGUUCUUUGCUCCGGGACUUUACAUCGGCCUUCUAACUAAGUUCUCAGCCCUAAUUGGAGACCAAUUGUCUCUAAAAAAUGGAUUCUGCAGCUACAAAAGAUAGCAUUUUGGUGCUCACAGAUGAUGUUAUGGUACCACUUAGUGUUGUUCAGAGUGCAAUUGAGAUGGUGAAGAAGGGAGGGGUUGAAAAGAUGGAUCCUAUGAUCAUCACACAUGCUUCAUCUCAGAGCAUCUCUUUUGUUGGUUCUUCCACAAUGGAAAUGGUUGUAGUUAUCCCCAAGUCAUCUGAGUUUCCCAGUGGUCAGUUAUUUGUCGAUGUGAUGAAAGUGUUGAAGCUUGGUGGGACCGUUUUGCUCAAGCCAACAUCUCUUUCAGAUAGAGAGACAACGUUGAAGUCUACACUUGAGCGGAAGUUGCUUUUGGCAGGCUUCACGGAUAUACAAAUUCUUGAUUCCUUCCAAUCGUUUGGGAUAACUGGUAAGAGGCCUUCGUGGAGUACUGGUUCAUCCUUUUCCAUAAAAAAAGUUACAAAAAGUUUACCCAAAGUUCAGAUAUAUGAAGAUACGGAUCUCAUUGAUGAGGACAGCCUUCUAACAGAAGAAGAUCUGAAGAAACCUGAACUGCCCACUGUUGGUGAUUGUGAGGUAGGGGCCACCAGAAAAGCCUGCAAAAACUGCAGUUGUGGUCGAGCGGAAGCAGAGACAAAGGUGCAGCUUGGGUUAACCACGGAACAAAUUAACAAUCCUCAGUCUGCUUGCGGCAGUUGUGGUCUAGGUGAUGCUUUCCGAUGCGGUACAUGCCCUUAUAAAGGUCUACCUCCAUUCAAACUAGGCGAUAAGGUAUCACUAUCUACUAAUUUUCUGGAUGCUGACAUCUAAUAAGAGCAGAUGUUGAAUAUAUUCUCACAACAACAUUUCUUUAUGUUCCUGAACAAUGCUGAAGAGUUGUGAUAUUGUUACAUAAAUGUAUAAUUACUUCUACCAAAUAACUCAUUUUCUAGAUUUUUUUGCUCCCUUUCCCCCUUUGCUCAAAUUGAUGUUUUGCUUGGCAUGAAUGGUGUGCAACACUAAAAACAAACAAUAUGCUUCAUCUUCAAUAUGCACUAUGGUUACUAAGGUCAUUUAUUAAAAGCAUUGGUGUUGAUUUUUUUGGCUAUCCUUUCUCGCAUAUUAUAGUAU